CAGUACAUCAGGCUAGUCCUGAUGUAGGCGUGUUUCAAUAGGCUUUCUUAAAGAAGGGUUUUUAACACUGGUGAGUGACUGAUGAAUGUGUUAACUGCUAAGUACUGGAGAAGGUUCAAGCUGUUCAGGAUGGGGGACUGCUGCUUGUCGAGUGAAGACAGAGAAAGCUUCAGGAUUCACCAGGAAAUUGAGAGACAGCUUAAGAUGGACAAACGGGAUUCAUCCCGACAACUGAAACUUUUGCUUUUAGGCACAGGGGAGAGCGGGAAGAGUACAUUUAUCAAGCAGAUGAGAAUCAUUCACGGCAGGGGCUACACCGAGGAGGACAGAAGGUCCUACGCCAAGCUGGUGUUCCAGAAUAUCUUUGUGUCCAUUCACAACCUGCUUCAAGCCAUGGAGCACCUAAACAUUCCCUUUGCCGAUGGAAAAAACAAAACACAUGCUGCAAUGCUUAACAGUGUGAUGCCCGAAACAGUACAGUCACUGGAGCCUAAACAUGCUGAAGCCAUCAAGAGUGUGUGGAAAGACCAAGGUCUGCAGAAAUGCUUUGAACGCAGGAGAGAGUUUCAGUUGUCAGACUCAACCAAAUAUUACCUCGAUGACAUUGACAGAUUAUCUGCGGCCUUUUACUUGCCGACUGUUCAGGAUAUUCUGAGAGUCCGAAUUCCAACCACAGGCAUCAUUGAGUACAUCUUUGACCUCCAGACAGUCAUAUUCAGAAUGGUUGAUGUUGGAGGCCAAAAGUCAGAAAGACGGAAGUGGAUCCAUUGUUUCGAAAACGUUACUUCCAUCAUCUUUCUGGUGGCUCUGAGCGAGUACGACCAGGUCCUGUAUGAGUGUGCGAAUGAGAACCGCAUGGAGGAGAGUAAGGCACUUUUUAAGACAAUCAUCUCCUACCCCUGGUUCCAGGAGUCCUCUAUUAUCCUCUUCCUCAAUAAAACAGAUAUCCUGAAGGAGAAGAUAUCAAAGUCACAUCUUGUAGACUAUUUUCCACAAUACAAAGGCCCUAAAAAUGAUGCAGAUGCCGCAAUGAAGUUCAUCUUGAGUAUGUAUGAGGAGCAGAACUCGGACAUGCACAAAAACAUCUACGCACAUUUCACCUGUGCAACCGACACUGAAAAUAUCCGCUUUGUUUUUGAAGCAGUGAAGGACACCAUUCUGCGGAACAACCUGUCUGACUUUAACCUGAGUUAAAUGUCAAAAGUACUUCUACGUACAGUAUAUGGCUGCGCUGACCUCUGAUUCGGUGAAAAUAUUAAUGUGAUCUGUGCGUGAGUGCUGGGAUUAUGGCAAAGUGCAUUCUGAAUUUAGUCUGUAGCACACCUGGACUGGCAGAUAUUAAAGCGAUUCCCCCCCCCAAAAAGAAAUGUCUAAUUUUGCAUUUUGCAGAAGAGAGAAAAUCAUAAAAGUUUGUAAAAAUA